AGCUCUCCCUUUUUCCCUCAUUCGAAGCUCUCUCCUUUUCUUUUAUUCUAUGUUCUUUCUGCUUCUUCAUUUGUUUUCAUUCCUUUGAUAAAAAACGCAUCUUUUUCCUCUUCUUUGUUUUCAUUUUUUUUGGUUGAUUUCAGUCAAAGACAACAGCUUUUCCCCUGCUUUGGCUCUGUUUCCUUUCACUUGGAUUCCUCUGUUGGAUUUCUGUUUCCAGCCAUUCUCAUAAACACUAACCAUUUUCUCACCUUGGGUUCUCUGUUUGUGCUUCAAAAUCACUUCUUCUGUUCUGAUUAUAAAUGGGGUUCUCCAAAAAGCACCAACUAGAUGGAGUGUUAGACUCUAAAGGGAAGAAAUGGGUAAUAGCUGGUAUCGCUAUAAGGACUUUAUUGGAGCCAAUAAACACAAAAUCAAGAGGGAAAGAAAAUGAAGAAGAUGAAGAAGAAGCUUCAACAACCCCAACUUCAAAAGAAGCAAGAAUACCAGACAAAUUGCCUUGCCCUCCAGCUCCAAGAAAGCGGAGGCCUCCUUCAAGAUGCCAUUAUAGUGGAGUUAGGGAGUUCUUUACUCCUCCUGAUUUGGAAACAGUAUUCAAGCGCCAUGUUGAGAAAGCAAAUUGAGUUUGAAACUACCUUUUUUUUUUUUUUUAGAGUAAAAGUUUGAGUUUUUCAGUUAGGAGGUUUUGUUGUGUUUUCUUUUUUCCUUUCCUUUUUCGGUCUUCUUGCAUUAGUAACUCCUCCAAGCUCUAUAGUGGAGAUGAGUUAAAGGUGUACAAAGAUAAGAUAUGAUAUUUUUAUGAAAUGAGUAGUGUAGUUUAGUUAGUUUAUUUCUUUCAUACUUCAUACUUUUAUCUCUUACUUGGUGCUUGUAUUGGAAUGCUUUGGAUUAUGAAAUUUCAUGUACUGCAUUAAAUGUUUGAAUUGAAGCUUGAAGAUUAUAAGAUUGGU